UCUCAGCUCUCACAGCAGCUCAGAUUCAUCUCCAAGCUACAGAGCUCGGGUGCUUCGGAAGUCAUCUGCUGUAAAUCCUCAGCUACAGCCCCACGGGUGUCUGUGAAAGCUAGGCAGGCUGUGUCUCCACACUGCACCAUCCUGUGUCUAGCUCAGCACUCCGCCAAGUGUCUGGAACUGUCCCGGGUGCUGAUAUUCGUCCUCCUGACCUGUUGGGCUAAUCUUGGAAACUUCCCUGGAUGUGGCCAGGGGUGGGCAUGGCUGUGUGAUGGCAUAUACCGAUGUACCCCACGCAGAGCCUGGGAUGUGCAUGUGAGCUGUCCAUGGUGCAGUGGAGAUAUGAAGAGGGUGCACAUAUGAAUGUCUCUUACACUCACUCAGGGCUGAGGAGGAAGAGAAGGAAUGCUGUGGAUUUUCUCCAGAGAAACUUGUGGUCCCCGGGAGAUGCUUCUCAUCUAUCUGUUGGUUGCUUUGCGGGAAACCAUGGCAGCACCAACCCCUACAGCUGAGGAUAUAAACGAUAUAAACCGUGGAGUUGAUUGGUUGACUCGAUUUGGCUAUCUGCCCCCACCUGAUCCUGUUACAGGACAGUUGCAGACACAGGAAGAGCUGUCCAAAGCAAUUAAGGCAAUGCAAGAGUUUGGAGGGCUGAAAGCUACUGGGAUCUUAGAUGAGGCCACCUUGGAACUAAUGAAAACCCCUCGCUGUUCCCUGCCUGACCUGUCCUAUUCAGAGGCCACAAGGAGGAAGCGAAGUGUCCAGCUGGUGACUAAGUGGAAUAAGAGGAAUCUCUCCUGGAGAGUUCAAACAUUCCCUAAAGAGUCAUCACUGGGCCAUGACACUGUGAGGGCACUCAUGUACUAUGCCCUCAAGGUGUGGAGUGACAUCACCCCACUCAACUUCCAUGAAGUGGCUGGGAAUAAUGCAGAUAUUCAAAUUGACUUCUCCAGAGCUGACCACAAUGAUGGCUACCCAUUUGAUGGACCAGGCGGUACUGUAGCUCAUGCCUUUUUCCCUGGUGAACAUCACACCUCUGGUGACACUCACUUUGAUGAUGAAGAGUCAUGGACAUUCCGAUCAUCAGAUAUACAUGGUAUGGAUCUGUUUGCCGUCGCUGUACAUGAGUUUGGCCAUGCGAUUGGACUGACUCACAUAUCUGAUAUGGAAUCAAUAAUGAGACCUUAUUACCAAGGACCAGUGGGUGACCCUCUGAAGUACAACCUCCCUUAUGAUGACAAAGUUAGAAUAUGGCAGCUCUAUGUGUCCCACAUGGCCUCUAAUACUUCACCCUCUCUCACCCCAGGAGUCCGCGAGUCUGUGUCCCCGACAGCAAAGCCUGAAGUGUCCGAAGCUGAAGAUCAUCCAUUUCUGCCAGAUCUGCCAGAGAACCGCUCUACCAUCCAACUAAGAAAGGAUGAGCCUGACAGAUGUAACACACAUUUUGAUGCAGUAGCUCAGAUAAGAGGAGAAGCGUUUUUCUUUAAAGGCAAAUAUUUCUGGAGGCUUACUCGCAAUAAGCAUCUGGUCUCCCUCCAGCCUGCCCAGAUCCAUCGCUUCUGGAAAGGGCUGUCAUUAAACAUGGAUAGUGUGGAUGCAGUCUAUGAGAGGACCACAGACCAUAAAAUUGUCUUCUUUAAGGGAGAUCGUUACUGGGUUUUCAAAGAUAAUAACGUGGAAGAAGGAUAUCCACGUGCCAUCACAGACUUUGGAUUACCCCUGGGGGGUGUGGAUGCUGCCUUCACAUGGUCCCACAAUGAUAAGACAUAUUUCUUUAAGGACAACCUUUUGUGGUGUUUCAAUGAACGUGAGCACAGAAUGGAUGAUGGCUUCCCCAUGGAGACUGCUCUUUGGAAGGGAAUACCUGCUGCUCUGGAUGAUGCUAUGGGAUGGUCAGAUGGUGCAACAUAUUUCUUCCGAGGAAAAGAAUACUGGAAAGUGCUUGACAAUAAAAUGGAGGUUGAGCAAGGCUACCCACAAUCCACUGCACGGGACUGGCUGGUAUGCAGUGAUAUGCAAUCUGAUGGGCCAAACUCAGAGAGAAGUCGGACUGGUGCUCAUUCCAGGCAGGGUCAGCAGGAUGAAAGCCGGUCAGAGAACGGUUAUGAGGUCUGCUCCUGUACAUCUUCAGCAGAGUCUUUCUGUAGGACUCUAUCUACCGCCAUGUCAUUGGCCCUGGUACAGAUGUUCACAGCAGCCUUGGUCUCAGUCUUAUGAUGCGCCUACUGAUUGGACAUACCAUUACACACUGGACUUAGGGGUCAACCGGUGGGUUCGUGACAGUGCUGCACCGUACUGUAGGACAAACAUUCCGAGAAGCUUGGAAGUGAAAGAUACCAAAUUCUCCAUGAGAAGUGAACUUUUUAUGAUAAUGUUCUGUAAAAUGGCACUCAUAUUAGUGGAAAAUGAAAGCAUGAGAUGGCACACAGGUGAAUGAAUCUGAUGAGUGAAUAAACUCUUGGUGUCAUCCACAGUUUAAGAGUAACUGACAGAUCAGUUUCUAUCAGAGCGUAUUAGCUCUGCAAAUUCUGCCAAAGUCUAUAAGAAUUAUUUGUAAGAGUCUCCCAGCAUCAAGUUAGUACAAGCAGAUCAUCUGCAGUAAAUAAUGGGAAAAAGAACAAUCUUGGUGCAGUUUUUAUGAUGGUAUUGCAUCACUUUUGCUGUCAAAAGACUUAAAGGGGAAUUAUCAUCUAUCUAUAUAUAUAUAUAUUUUAAUAUCUUAUUUUAAUAAUAAAUUAACUUAGCAAUUUACUGUUUUGUUAUAGGUCACUAAUCUCUGGUAUGUUGAGUUGUGAUAUUUUUAUUGACUGCAAACAUCAUGGCUGCUAUUGCUGAAUACAUUUGUCUGCCAAAAAAGAGCUACUGUAUGUGUUGAUGACAAACGCAACAUAUAUCUGAUAUUUGGUGAUUUCAACCUGUAUGAAUGUACCACUGUCUUUCACGUCAAAUAGUUACAGAAAUGUACAUACCUUUGGAAUGAUUUUCACUCAGCAGUAGGAUAAUCUAAGACGUGUAUGAUAAUCAAAAGAAUGAUAGUUUCCCUUUAGGUUUUUCACAUGUGUGGGGAAUCACUUUUGCACUUCUGGCGGCUGUGAUACAGCCACGGUGGUCAGUGAACAGGCUUUGCCUGUAUGAAAUGACCUAGUAAGUAAUUGGAGCACUGCCACAAGUGAAUUCUGUAAAUCUGCUUCUUUGGAUUUCUGACAAACAGUUGUACAAUAAAGAGGCACAUCUUGUUUACACCA